CGCGGCGAGGACGAGUACGCCGACGUGGACGCCAUCGUGGUGGCCGUGGGGGUGGACGAGGAGAUCGUCUACGCCAAGUCCACGGCGCUGCAGGUGGACAUCAGCGCCGUGGUGGCCUCCAAACCCCCCAUUUCUCCUCAUUUCUCCCCAAUUUAUCCCUCUUGUCCCCAGGUGGACAUCAGCGCCGUGGUGGCCUACACGCUGGCCGUCAAGGAGGACGGCGAGCUGGCCCUCAUGCGCAAGGCGGCCGCCAUCACCUCCGAGCUCUUCACCAAGUUCUUCAAGGAGCGCGUCAUGGAGAUCGUGGACGCCGACGAGAAAGUGCGGCACAGCAAGCUGGCCGAGUCGGUGGAGAAGGCCAUCGAGGAGAAGAAGUAUCUGUCGGGCGCCGACCCGUCCACGGUGGAGAUGUGCUACCCGCCCAUCAUCCAGAGCGGCGGCAACUACAACCUCAAGUUCAGCGUGGUCAGUGACAAGAACCACAUGCACUUCGGGGCCAUCACGUGCGCCAUGGGCAUCCGCUACAAGUCCUACUGCUCCAACCUGGUGCGCACGCUCAUGGUGGACCCGCCGCAGGACAUGCAGGACAACUACGCCUUCCUGCUGCAGCUGCAGGACGAGAUGCUCAAGGAGAUGCGGCACGGUGAGCGCGGGGCUCCGCGGAUCCGCCUGGGGAUCCCGGGAUCGUCCCGGGGCUCCACGGAUCCACCUGAGGCUCCUGGGAUCAUCUUGGGCUUCGCGAUGGGCAUCGAGUUCCGCGAGGGCUCCCUGGUCAUCAACAGCAAGAACCAGCAGCGCCUCAAGAAGGGCAUGGUGUUCAGCGUCAACAUCGGCUUCUCCGAACCGAACAUCAGCAUGUCGGUGGAGGGCGACUACACCUACCUGCGCAUCAACUUCUACUGCCCGGGCAGCGCCUUGGGCCGCAACGAGGGCAACAUCUUCCCCAACCCGGAGGCCACGUUCGUCAAGGAGAUGCACGCCGUGUUCCAGCCCUGCGACGGCGAGAUGAUCAUCGUGCUCCACUUCCACCUCAAGAACGCCAUCAUGUUCGGCAAGAAGCGGCACACGGACGUGCAGUUCUACACGGAAGUGGGCGAGAUCACCACGGACCUGGGCAAGCACCAGCACAUGCACGACCGCGACGACCUCUUCAACGGGGCGCCGUACCGCAGCACGUGUCUGCUGCAGCCCACCAGCAGCGCCCUGGUCAACUGCACCGAGUGGCCGCCCUUCGUGGUGACGCUGGACGAGGUGGAGCUCAUCCACUUUGAGCGCGUGCAGUUCCACCUCAAGAACUUCGACAUGGUCGUGGUCUACAAGGACUACGGCCGCAAGGUCACCAUGAUCAACGCCAUCCCCGUGGCCUCGCUCGACCCCAUCAAGGAGUGGCUCAAGAGCUUCUCAGAGUUUCCUGGAGUGUCCAGGAGCUUCCCGGAGCUUCCCUGGUCUUCCAAGUGCUUCCAGGAGCUUCCAGGAGCUUCCCGGAGCGGCAGCGACGCCGAGGUUGGCGAAUCCGAGUCGGAGAUCGAGGACGAGACGUUCAACCCUUCGGAAGAGGAUUACGAGGAGGAGGAGGAGGACAGCGACGAGGACUACUCC